AUGUCGUUGGAGGCAGCACUUCGCUCCUAUAGGCUCGUGGAGGCCAAGAUCUCGGAUCUCGAGAUAACAUGGAGAAAGGUUUCUAAGAAAGCGCCAUCCCAAGCUUUGAUUCUCAGAGCAAGUGUGACGCUGGUGUUUGGGUCUCAGGAGGACCCAAAUGUGAUUUCAACUAUCCGAGAUGUCAUGACACCUGCCGGCUGUGGCGCCUUCAAAGAUGUUUACGUUUUGGACAACCAUCUCCUGGUGGUGAAGAUGAUGUUGAAGCAUCGCAAUAGUGCAACGUGGCCACAUGGAGGUGCAGAAGAAGAGCAGAAGCGGUUUGACAUGUACCGUGGCAGUCUUUCGGACUGGAUGGCCUUUUGUUAUGGUCAGGUGUAUCUUCGAAGUAGCCUUCCAGCUGGCAAGGAUGGUAUUUUGUUCCCAGGAAACAGUUUCUAUGGUCAGCAAGUGCCGCGCUUGUCGGCUGCAGAUGUUGUCGCAUCUAUCACGGUCCAGGAAAAGUUGAUGGCGGUCGGAUUGGAAAAGGUUCGAUUACUAGUUUCCAAGCAGCAGUGUGACGCCGACGGAUGGUGGGAAGCCUGCAAGGAGUACAUGAACAUGUUGGAAGUGUUGUUCGAGUUCAUGAGAAAAGGUGUUUUUCCGUGGGACGCAAAGCUGGACAACUUGGGAAUCGCGCAGAGGGGUGUGGUCGGCAAGUGGGUGAUGCACGAUCUGGAUGGUUUGCGUGCCGUGGGUGAGGAAGACAAAUACAAGACUUUGGGAAAGGGGAUGAGAAUGAUUUUCCAGAACCUUGUUUCCCAGGAUCGAGGGUUCCUUGCCGAACUGCGGAGACAAAGUUUGAUUGGAGAUUCUUGGCACGAACAAUUUCAGAAAUUGCUUGCCUUGGUCUCCACACACCUCGCACAUCGUGAGUUGGGCAGUUUCUAUUCAGAUCUGAAACAGUUUCAACCGGGAGAGCCCAAAGAAUGGACGAAGUUUCAAGAGGCUGUGUCAGCUAUGACCGUUGAGUUUCGAGCAGACAAACUUCCACGAACGCAGGCUGCUGGUGCUGCUUCCAGCUCUUCUUUUCAUCGCAACGUUGCUAGAUCUCCAGAGGUUGUUGUGCACGAGGUUCCACCUACGAGGGAGAUCGACACGUGGGGUGACACCAUUUGUGUUGAACUUCUCCGGGAAUCGCCGCUGGUGGUUUGCAAGGUUGAAAUGAAUACUGCUAGAGGACGCCAAAGCACGGUGAUGCUGCAUUGUUUUGAAUCUGAAGAGCCGACGCAAUGGGCGGUCGUCAUCUUGGCGGCGCCAAAAGAGCUUUUGAUGGAGAAAGGAGAAACGAACGUGGCGGUGUGCAAAAGACAUGGUGAAACUAGGCCUGAGAGCAAAAAACAGAUCUCCGGCAGUUAUUUGGUUAUCACUGAAUGUCUCCACCCGUCUUCGCGCAUGGCUUCUUUUUUGUGGAACAAGAUCACAUCGGAGUGCUUCAAUCCUUCACUGCAGCAUUUUGCGCAGGAAGUGCUGGGUCGCAUGGAUUUGGACGUGUGGCAAAAUGAAGUCAUGAAACAAGGACUGCAAGACCUCGAAGACAAAUUUGUGGUUCGACCAGGUCAGAAAGGUUUCUUUGCGAGGCCCACUCGAAAGAGUGAGACUUUGACUUUUGUGGAAAGACAGGAACAAGGCCACCUACCAUUCGAUCGUGACAAGAAUAAGGACGGAAAACGGCAAAGAAGAAAGGACAAAUUGCCAGACGGCGUUUCGGACCACAAUGUUCACUCGGUCAUGCAGGAUUUGAUGCGAACUAUUCAUUCUAUGUUGCCUCUGGAAAGAAUUAUUUGGGCCAACCGGGAGACGCCUUCUGGGAAAGCCUUCUGUUGGGAGGCCACAAGUCAAUGUGCCUACAACUUUGCGAGUUCAGAUCGCCUCAUUGCUUUGCUGAAGCACAUGAAGGUCGAGUGGUUCUAUCCCGGAGAAAAAGAAGAAGAGGGACGCAUUCGCUAUGGGAUUUGCCCAGAUUAUCUCAACGACGUGAUCGAAGGCGUUUGCUGUUGGAUGCUUCCAAGAGCUGGGCCUUCUGUGCAGAAUGUGGAGCAUUGGCAAAAACACCUCUUAUUCUAUAACUUCGAAAUGACUGCACAGGAGAUUAAGCAACUGGUUCGAGCAGCUGUGAUCGUGACGUUGUUUCGAUGGCAGUGGAUCACUUGUUGGAUUGAAGUGAGAAAAUCUGUGCGAGAUGAUGCGCGGGAUGCGCUGUAG